AUGGUCGGAGCUGCAUCCAGGUCAGGCAGCAGCAUGCCCGGUGGUUGGGGAAAGGGUGAGGAGCAGAAGUCAACAUACUCGGUCGAGCAAGAUAUCCAAGACCAUGGCGACAACCUCGUUGCCGGUGUCAUUGGCAAGACCGGUGAGGUGGUAGACGAGACCGGCAAGACUGUCGGCAAGGUCACAGAAGGCGAGGCCGGAGAGCUUGUCGGUAACGUCGUCACCGCGACAGGCGAUAUCAUCGGCAAGGACGGCGGCGUCAUCGGCAAGGCUCUUCCCCUCGGCGAGCUUACGGAAGGCGGCGAGACCAAGGAGGGCGGUGGCUUCAGCAUCAUGGGCGCCACCAAGGGCGUCAAGGGCAUCGUCGACACUGUCGAUGGCACUGUUCAGACUGUCAACCGCACAUUACCGCUUGUCGGCGACCUGACCAAGGGUAUUGGUCUGGGCGAAGGCCAGGGUGGUGUGCUCGGCGGCGUCCUUGGUGGUGGUCAAGAUGAGAAGGGUUCCCAAGGCGGCCUCGUCGGCAACACCCUGGGCAACGUUACCGGAGCUCUCGGCGGUCAGUCCGAGAAGGGCACAUCUUCAGACAACGCUCUCGGCGGCCUGCUUGGAGGUGUUUUGGGCCAGAGCCAAAGCGGCGGCCCUCUUGGUGGCGUCCUCGGUGGCACCGAGCCAUUGAACCGCGACCAGUCCGUCACCGACAAGGAUGAGAAGCUCACCCAGCUUCUUGCUGAGCAGAAGGAGGAGGCAGAUGACAAGGCCUCCUUGACCGAGAACGCGAAGCAGAACCUCUUCGAGAACAACGAGACAACAUCAGAGGUUGCCCCAAUCGAUCUCCAGGAUGUCGAAAAGUCGCAACCCGACGUUGACGCUGAUGGCGCCAAGACAGACCUCACAGAACAAUCGACAAUCGACGGCAAGAGUGACUUGCAAGAGGUCGACGCCGAGCCCAUCGAGGAGGCGACAGAGGGUGCCGAGACUGUCAAGGACGACGCGACCGAGAAGGCUGGCACUGCCCAGACUGAUGCUCAGUCCCGUGUUCCGGAUGACAUCGCUACCCUCGACAUUCCCGUCUCACAGAUUCCCGACGGUCUGAAGAGUGAGCUUCCGGAAGAUGUCCAGACUGCCGACAUCCCUGUAUCGCAGAUUCCCUUCGACGCUCAGUCCAAGCUUCCCACCGACCUCGUUUCCAAGCUUCCUUCGGAUCUGGCCUCUCAGGUUGAGGACGCUAAGUCCGGCGCCGAGACUGCUCGCGAAUCUGACGCCACUGAGGACUGGGCGAACCAGCAGAACCCCGAGGAGCAAUCCGAGGUUCCCGAAGAUGCCCAGACUGGCGAGUUCCCUACCGAGGGUGUCGAGGGCGAGGGCUUUGAGGCUGUCGACGAGGGUGUUGACUCCGGUGUGGAGGGCAUCGAAGAUGUUGCCGAGAACGCUACUGCGAAGACUGGCGAUGUUCCUGACAUUGACGUCACCGCUGCUUCUGAGUCUGCUCCCAAGUCUACCAUCAAGGAUGACAUCAAGAGCGUCCUCAGCACCAUACGCUCUGCCAUUCCCGAUGACCAGCGCACCGUCUCUGUUGCCGGCGACAAGCUUCUCCAGCCAUUCGAGAAGUUCCCUGGCGCCCAGGUUGACGAGGAGGGAAGGGUCGUCUUCGACGAUGUUUCCAUCGGUCGCAUCGCCGAGGGCAACCCGGAGGAACUUGCUGGCAUGACCCUCGAUGCCGAGGGUAACAUUGUCAACGAGCGCGGCAGCAUCAUUGGCAAGGCCGAGCUCAAGUCUGAGGUUGCUGAAGAGCUUCUCAAGGACACCAUUGACUUCUCCAUCCUGAAGGGUGCCAAGGUCAACAAGGCUGGCAACCUCGUCAACGACAAGGGUGAGGCCGUCGGUCGCAUCGUCUCCGGUAUCCUCAAGCACUUGGUUGGUCGCAAGGCCAACGAGCUUGGAGAGAUCUGGAAUGACAGCGGCAAGGUUAUUGGCAAGGCCGAGCCCAUUCCCGAGACUGAGCGUGAGGAGCUUAGCGAGCCUGCUCCCUUCGAGGACUUCCCUGGCGCAACCGUCGAGUCCAACGGACACGUUCUCUUUGAGGGCGACAUCGUCGGUCGUGUCAUUGAGGGUGACCCGAAGAAGCUCAAGGGCAAGAAGGUUGACGACGACGGUGACAUUCUUGACAAGAGCGGCAAUGCCAUUGGCAAGGCCGAGCGUUGGGAACCCGAGUCUGAGCCCGAGCCUGAACCGGAGGCCCCUGUUGACAACUCUGCCCUCGCUGGCAAGCGCGUCAACAAGGCUGGCAACGUUGUCGACAAGGAUGGCACCAUCUAUGGCCGCAUUGUCGAGGGCGAUAUCAAGCGCCUGAUCGGUCGUAUGUGUGACAAGGACGGAAACGUUCGUAGCGAGUCCGGUGAUAUCAUCGGAAGAGCUGAGCUUGUCGCCGAGGGUGACCGUGAGGGAGCCAAGGAGGGCCCCUUCGCUGAGCUCCCUGGCUGCACUGUCGCCAAGGAUGGUACCAUUGUCACUCCAUCUGGAGAUAUUGUCGGUCGUCUUGUCCAGGGUGACGCCAAGGUUCUGUUUGGCCGCCCCAUUGAUGAGGAUGGUGACAUUCUUGACCGCAAUGGCAACCUGCUCGGCAAGGCUGAGCGUUGGGAGCCCGAGGCUGCACCCGAGAGACAGAAGGGACCUAUGGAAGGCCGCAAGGUUAACCGCAGCGGCGAGGUUGUCGAUGAGGAUGGCGACGUGAUUGGCAAGCUCACCUCUGGUGAGAUCAAGGCCUGCGCCGGCAAGCCUGUCAACGAGGACAACGACGUUGUCGACUCCAAGGGACGUGUUGUCGGUCAUGUCGAGCUUCUCGAGGACAUUCCUGAGCCCAAGGGCCCCAUGGAAGGCAAGGUUGUCAACAAGGAGGGUUUCGUCGUCAGCGACAAUGGCGAGACCCUUGGUAAGCUUACCAGCGGUGAGCUCAGCAUCUGCGCUGGCAAGAAGGUCAACGAGGACAACGAUGUUGUUGACUCCAAGGACCGCGUUGUUGGCCAUGUCACUGCCAUCUCCGACCUUCCUCAGAAGAAGGGACCUAUGGAGGGCCGCAAGGUCAACAAGAACGGUGAGGUUUGCGACGAGGAUGGAAACAUCAUCGGCAGACUUACCACUGGCGAGGUCACCAUUUGCUCCGGCAAGGAGGUCAACAGCGACAACGACGUUGUCGACUCCAAGGACCGUGUCGUCGGACACGUCACCCUCGUCGAGGAUAUCGUCGAGGAGGAGGAGACCCCCGAGGAGACUGAGGAGGAGAAGCAGGCCCGCAUCGAGGCUGAGGCCGACCGCAAGUUGGCCAAGAACCUCGGUGGCCUGAUUGAGCAGGGCUUGGAUCGUCUCCGUCCCAUCUGCAAGAUGAUUACGCAGAAGAUCGAGGCCGCUGAGCGCCAGCCCAAGGAGGAGCGCGACGAGGAGCAGCUGGUCAAGGAUGUCAAGCCUCUCAUUGAGGAGGGUGGCAAGCUCUUGACUGAGUUGAACGGCAGCGUUCGCGCCUUGGAUCCCGAUGGACGCAUCCAGCAGAACGCUAAGGCCAAGGCCCAGACUCGUGAGGCUACUCCCGAGGAACAUCACCUCGCUGAGGUCCUUAAGGAGUUGACUGGUACCAUCACGGAAACCGUCGAGGGUGCCAAGCGCAAGCUUGAGGAUCUUCCCAAGGCAAAGGCUGAGCUCAACCCUCUCUGGGGACUUCUCACCGAGCCUCUGUUCCAGAUUCUGGCUGCCGUCGGCCUUUUGCUGACUGGUGUUCUCAACCUGGUUGGUCGUCUUCUCAACGGUCUUGGCCUCGGCAAGAUUGUCGAUGGUCUUCUCGGAACUCUCGGUCUCAACCGCCUGCUGGAUGGUCUCGGCCUCGGCAGCUUGACCAAGGCUCUUGGUGGUGGCAAGAAGAAAUAA